CUUGAUACGACUUCCAACACUGAACAUCAUUAUCAAGGUCAAAAAUUAGAACAAUUUGAUGAUGAUGAUGAUGACGAUGAUGAUGAUGAUGAAGAAAAUGAUAACAACAGUAAUAAUAAUGAUGAUGAAAAUGAUGAUGAUAAUGACGACAAUGAUGAAGAUGAUGAUAUGGAUGAUAUACAAGAAAUGGAACGUGUCCGACGUAAAUUUGAUCAACAACUUCAACGAAUGUUUGGUGGUACCAUGUCAGAAAUGAACUCUCAAUUACGCUCUAUCUUGAACAAUUUGAAGACUCAAAAUGAUCCUACUAUACAACUAGUCACUCUACAAGAACUGGCAGAAAUACUAUCUGUUAGCAAUGAAGAAACUUUAGCAGGAUACUUUGCAACUGACAGUUUUGUCAAGGAAUUGGUGCGAAUUAUGAAAGGAUCUGAACAAGGUACUGAUGAUGAUAUUCCUCCUGGAUUGGAUAUGGAUGAAGAUACAAUGCUUGCUCUGGCUAUGGCUGGAGGUUUUGGUGGUGGAAAUCCUGAAAUCAUGCUUUUAGCUUGUCGAUGUCUCUCAAAUCUUAUGGAUGCUAUGCCUACUGCUGUCACUAAUGUAGUCUAUCAAGGAGCUACAAAAGUAUUAUGUCAAAAACUUAAAUCUAUUGAAUAUAUUGAUUUGGCGGAACAAGCUCUCACUGCUCUCGAAAAAAUUGCAUCUCAGCUACCAAGAGCUGUCAUUCAUGAAGGUGGACUUUCGGCUGUCCUGAUGUAUUUUGACUUCUUCAGUAUACACUCUCAACGAACAGCUUUAAGAACUGCGGCAAACUGUAUGCGGUGCGUUGACAAGGAUAACUUCUCACAAGUAUUGGAAGUCAUUCCAACAUUGAUGAAUACAAUCACUUAUUCUGAUCGAACUUUGGUGGAAUUAUCAUGUCUUUGUUGGUUACGUAUCACUGAAAAUUAUAGACCUCGUCGAGAUCUCAUUGAAAAGGCAGUUUCUGUAGAACUUCUCAAAGCUAUCAUUGAUUUAAUACCUAUUCCUGGAAAUCCAAAUGCUGCUCGGCCUUCAACUUUUAUGGAUCUACUACGAAUAUUACGUGCUAUUGUCAAAAGUUCUCCUUCUCUCUGUUGUGAACUAUUAAAGCUGAAUAUAGUGGAUAUCUUUUACAAGGUACUGACCGGAUCAACUGAUAUUCCGCAAUAUGAUCAUGCUUCAUCCAGUUUACCCGAAGUGAAUAUGGAUCACAAGUGGCGCGAUUCUGUUUAUACUAUAUUGAAGAUUAUCAUAGAUAGUCUUCCACCUCUUCCAAAAGACGACAAAUUCAGCUCAAGACGAUUCAAGGAUCUCGAUAGAAACAAACUGCGUGAUGGAUCAACCAAAGAUGAGGAUGAUGACAGUAACAACAGCAGCAAUAACAACCAUAAAAACGACUUGCGUGCUGUUAUGUUUAGAAAAGACAAUACAAUAUUACACUAUAUCAAUUCAUUGUUAAUUCCUCUUUUAUUGGAAAUGCAUACAUCUAUGGUGAAUAUUCGGGUUCGACAGUUAGUGACACAUAUUUUGGUCAAAUUGAUCCACUUUUCUGAAGCAGAUGAAUUACGUAAAGUCCUCAACAAUAUUGGAUUAUCUGGUUUUUUGGCAAGCAUACUCACACAACAAGAACAUCCUAUCCUUGUGACUGAUACACUGUAUAUGGCGGAAAUGUUGAUUGAAAAAUUACCCGAUAUUUAUGUUUUCCUGUUCCAACAUGAAGGAGUUAUCCAUGAAAUCAAAUCGUUGGCCAACACACCUCUAUCUGACAAAGAAGAUGCAACCGCUGCUGAUCAUUCCUGUGAUACCACCAAGAAUGAUAAUGAUGUUUCUAAGACAAGGUUAGUCAGUUCCACUCCAGGUGAAAAUUCUGAAAUCCAACAACAGGAAGAGUUGAGGUCUCUGGAAGAAAAAUUGCAAUCUGCUAGACGUCGUCUAUUCAAUCGAGAAGAUUUACCAGCCUUACUUCGUAGUCGAAUGGGAUUAUUACAGCAGCAGCAGCAACAACAACAACAAUUAUCUGCAGACACUGAAAAAGGUAUUGGACAAGGUUCUACCAGAAAGUAUAUCAUUCAAUUAGCAAAUUACAUCCUCAAGACAUAUCAAGAUCGAUUGAAAUUGAAGAACUCUUCCCAAACAGAACAUGCAGUAUCUACAAUUGAAUCAUCCAUCGCGGAAUUGGAUCAUAAUGACGACGAUACUUUGACUGAUCUUGGAUUGGAAACUUUACACGCACUUCUGGAUUAUUAUAAAAGCUGUUCUGUUGGAAUUAGUAGUUAUGAACUACGUGCUUCUGGUUUGAUGGAUGCUCUCUUGGAAUAUUUAACGACAGCGGAUAAUGUCACUCAAACUAAGGUGGAUGAUGAUAAUCUCAAAUCAAGUUUAUCUGAACGACAAGCUCUCUUCAAAUAUAUUAUUGGUAAUUCCGCUACAACAACAAUGACUACUGGUGGUGGUGAUAGUGGUGAUGGCAAUGAUAUUAUUUCGAUGCUUAUUAUUCGACUUCAAGAACUUUUGGCACGAUUUGAACAGUAUCAAGUAGUGACUCCUCUGGAUAUGACAUCAAAUGAUGGAUUACGCAAUCCUUCAAGCAUGCUCGCAAAACAAAUACGACUUAGGCUCACAGGCAUUGGAUCCAACAUUCCUAUUGAUCAUCAACACCUUAUGGUAUCAACUCAUGCAGUAGCCACUUUCCGUGUCAUUGAGGAAUAUCUUCUUUCGCGAGUUACUCAUUCAGAUGGUGGAUUAGAUGAAGACGGUACAUCCGAUAAUGGUGGCGACGAAAUUAUUACAGCAAGACAUCAUGAUAGACCAACACUGAAUGAGACUUCCUCAAGACCUUCAUUGGAUCAACUGAUACAACAGGAUAAUGAUAUUGACAACACAAUACGCGAUAAUUCCGAAUCACUGAAAAAUGAAAGUGGUGGUGAUAGCAAUAACGACACGGAUAACUCAGUAGAAGCAUCAGGAUCAACAUCGGUAUCAAAUAAGGGUCGUUGGCGUAUUAUCUUCUCAACGAAAUCAAAUACAAUCAACAAUGAUAUGACUAUUUAUGGUGCAAUUCAUAAAGAAGAAAUACAACAACGCCAAUUGGAUAGUCCUCCUCCAACUCGCAAUAUUUGGAUCAGUUCUUAUCCGAUAAGUUACAAACUUGUAUGGACUCACGAUGAUGGCAAGAAAAAUGGCGAUGAAGAUAUUGUUAAAGAUGAUGAUGACAAGCAAAACCAAAGGCUAGUAACAAAAUCUUCGUCUCCUUCCUUCUCUACGCAAUCUUCUCAAUCUGACGAAUCUUCUGCCAAUAAUCAAAUAUGCGACAAUGUUCGUCGGCUCUUGAAGGUAAUUUAUCAACUUUACAACGGUGACGAUCAACCCAAUCUACGGAACCUAUUCUUUGGACGAAAAUUGACAGCCAAAGUAAAUCGACAAUUGGAAGAACCUCUGAUCGUGGCCAGUGACUGUCUCCCGGAAUGGAUCCAUCGAUUACUUCGUGACACUCCAUUUUUGUUCCCGUUUGAAACUCGAUAUCUUUAUAUUCAAUGCACAUCCUACGGUUACUCAAGAUUGAUCUCCCGAUGGCAAAGUUUACAAAUGCGCAAUCAACAACAUCAAGGUGCUCGAGGUGGUACAUUGGAUGAUUCACAUCAGCAACAAUCCAUGACACUAGGACAACUAGAGCGACAAAAAGUACGGAUGAUGCGAAAUCAAAUACUGGAAUCGGCAGUCAAGAUGCUGGAACUCUUUGCUACCUCGGACGCAUCGUUAGAAAUUGAAUUUGUGGACGAAGAAGGUACUGGAUUGGGACCAACAUUAGAAUUUUAUGCUUUGGCAUCCAAGGCAUUCUGCAAAAAGUCUCUUGGAUUAUGGCAUAACGAUGAUGAUGAUUCCGCUACUCGGUAUGUUUGUGCUCCGCGUGGUUUAUUCCCUCGACCUCUUUUGGAUGUGGGUCGAAUUCAUAACAAGACAGUCCGUCGUAUUACAACAUUAUUCAAGACAUUAGGUCGCUUUGUUGCCAAAGCAAUGCUGGAUUUCAGGAUCAUCGAUAUACCCUUCAGUUUGGCUUUCUUCCACUUGGUGUUUAACAACCACUUGAGAGCGAUUGAUCUUAUCCGCUCAUCUCAGCAGAAACAGGAAGCAAUCGAAACAAUCGAGGUGGAUGGAAUCACUUUGGAUGAUUUGUGCCUCUCAUAUACACUCCCUGGAUCCAAUAUUCAUUUGAAGGAUGAAGGUGAUAAGAUUCCAGUCACUAUUCAUAACUUGGCAAAUUAUGUAGAUCUUCUUGUGGACGCUACUGUUGGAUCUGGUGUCUCCAAACAAAUUGAUGCUUUCCGUACUGGGUUUAGUGAAUCAUUCCCUAUCAAUGAUUUGAAAAUUCUGACAUGUGAUGAAUUGGUAUCGUUAUUUGGUACUUCUGAUGAGGAUUGGUCUCUUACUACAUUGAUGGACACUAUCAAGGCAGAUCAUGGAUUUACAAUGGAUAGCACUGCCAUGCAACAUCUUUUGGAAAUUUUAUCAGAAUUGGAUCAUCAGGGACGCCGGGAUUUCUUACAAUUUACUACUGGAAGUCCACGUCUACCUAUUGGUGGAUGGAAAGCACUACGACCGCCAUUUACUGUUGUUCGUAAAAUGUCAGAACCACCUUUAUCAGCCAAUGAUUAUUUACCAUCAGUGAUGACAUGCGCCAACUACUUCAAAAUGCCUGAUUAUUCUGAUAAGGCUACGAUGUUGAAACGAUUACAAACAGCCAUGUCUGAAGGAAAAGAAAGCUUUUUGUUGUCAUAGAUUAGUUAGUUGUGGUUAUUAGACAAUUAUUCCCCAUUUCCUACACUUUAUUCACACUCAAUAUUACAUAUCGUUGCAUUCUCUUUUUUUUUUUAUAUCUUCGAUUUAUUCAUUGUUAUUAGCAAUUCCAAGAAUAAAAUAAAAUGUUUUAUAAUAUAC